AUCUUCAACAGCUGUCAUUGAUCAGGAGUGUUUUGCCCUUUUGACUUUGAUGACAUGCGUGCAUAUCUUUUCUAUAUAAACUCUUAAAUACCAUAAACUCGACCUAUUACUGCAUCAACGAUCGCAUUGGUAACUAGUCUGUAAACUAUACAAGUCGUCAUGAUGAAGUUGGCCAUCUUUCUCCUUGUCGCUCUGCCCUUUGUCAUGUCAGCAUCACCGACGAAGCAUGUCAACCCAUUAUUGAACAGUCUCUUGAACAUUUUCCACGCAGAUCAGCUAAAAACACUAGUUACAGAUUUAGUUGCCGAUCUUGGUUCUGACACUAGGGAGGGAGAAUGUGAAAAAGAGUGUAACCAUCUCGUAGACACCCAGUUUAGCGGUACAGUCAACGUCCUGUCACAUCACGUUUGUCCUCUGGCUUGUCAUUCGUUGCAGGAACUGACCCACUUCUUCAAUAUUGGUCCUCACACGACUACCGCCAGUGCGUAAAGCGAACAAUAUCUAACUUGACAUGGAUUUGAAUUUCUUUCGUUUAUGUUAAUAAGUGGAUGAAAUUAACUCUUCAUUUAUGUUAAUAUUGGAUGUAGCACAUCAAAUAAACAAACCGAAUCGGACA